CAACAAGUCUUGAUAACCACACCAGCCAACUACAACUUCUUUAGUAUUGUCCUGGUUUCCUGGGGCACAGCCUAACCUCUAUUGCUUGAGCAAUUCCUCUGCUUAGAUAUGGCUUGUGAAACCAACACAUGGUUGGUUGUGUUUUUUCUUUUCUUGGCUGCAAACUGCAUGCAACACUGUGCCCUUGGGGUGUCCCAAGUGCCUUGUCUUUUUAUCUUCGGGGACUCCAUGUCUGACAGUGGAAACAACAACCAACUUCCAACCACUACAAAAUCUAAUUACAAACCUUAUGGGGUGGACUUUCCAUUAGGACCAACUGGAAGAUUUACCAAUGGCCGAACAGAAAUUGACAUAAUCAGUCAGUUUCUGGAAUUUGAGAAUUUCAUACCACCCUUUGCAAACACUAGCGGAUCAGACAUACUCAAAGGUGUGAACUAUGCAUCGGGUGGAGCUGGAAUACGCAGCGAAACCGGCUCGCAUACGGGUGGUUCUAUCAGCUUGCGAUCACAGCUAGCAAAUCACAGUGUCAUAGUUUCUGAAAUUGCUACCAGACUCGGAAGUCCUGACUUGGCUCAAGAAUACCUUGAAAAAUGCUUGUAUUAUGUGAACAUAGGUAGCAAUGAUUACAUGGCGAAUUACUUCCUUCCCCAGUUCUACCCAACAAGCAGCAUGUAUACUGUUGAGCAGUAUACAGAAGUUCUGAUCGAAGAGUUAUCUCAGCAUUUUCAGGCUUUACAUGAACUUGGAGCGAGAAAGUAUGCGUCGGCAGGGUUGGGCCUUAUAGGAUGCACUCUUGGUAUCGUGGCUUCUUAUGGGACAAAUGAAUCUUGUGUUGAAGAGCAGAACACUGCUGCAUACCAGUUUAAUAACAAGCUUAAAGCUCUCGUGGAUAAAUUCAAUUACGGAUUCUCUGCCGAUUCCAAGUUCAUCUUUCUGGAUACUCAAGCAUUGGCCAUUUACCUUCGUGAUAAAAAUGGUUUUGAGUUUCCAGAAUCUCCUUGCUGCGAACCAGGGUUAACAGGGGAGUGCAUUCCUGAUGGAAAGCCGUGCUAUAAUCGGAAUGAUUAUGUGUUUUGGGAUGCAUUCCACACCACUGAAAAAUGGAACCUACUCAAUGCAUUAACAAAUUAUAAUUCUACCUCUACUUCAGACUUCACUUAUCCAAUGGAUAUCAAGCACCUUGUUCACUAUGAAAUUAAAAUGGAAUUGGAUCUCACUGAUGACUCCACUUCACAACUUAGUGCCACUGAACUUUUUCCUCGUCAAUUCCUCUGCUUUGGGAUGGCUUGUGAAACCGACAUAUGGUUGGUUAUGCUUCUUCUUUUCUUGGCUGCUAACUGCAUUCAACUUGGUGUCCAUGGGGUGUCCCAAGUGCCUUGCCUUUUUAUACUUGGGGACUCUUUAUCUGAUAGUGGAAACAACAAUCAUCUUCCAACCUCUGCAAAAUCCAAUUACAGACCAUAUGGCAUCGACUUCCCCACUGGACCAACUGGAAGAUUUACCAAUGGCCGGACAGAAAUUGACAUAAUCACUCAGCUUCUGGGAUUUGAGAAUUUCAUCCCACCCUUUGCAAACACCAGUGGUUCAGACAUACUUGAAGGUGUGAACUAUGCAUCGGGUGGAGCUGGAAUACGCAACGAAACCGGAUCACAUUUAGGCGGUUCUAUCAGCUUGGGAUUACAGUUAGCAAAUCACAGAGUCAUAGUUUCUGAAAUUGCAACCAGAUUUAGAAGUCCAGACUUUGCUCGACAAUAUCUUGAAAAAUGCUUGUAUUAUGUGAACAUAGGCAGCAAUGAUUACAUGGGAAACUACUUCAAUCCUCAGUUCUACCCAACAAGCCGAAUUUAUAGCCUUGAGCAGUAUGCACAAGCUCUAAUUGAAGAGUUAUCUCUGAAUUUACUGGCUUUACAUGACCUUGGAGCAAGAAAGUACGUGUUGAAUGGUUUAGGCCUUUUCGGAUGCACUCCAAGUGUGAUGCAUUCUCAUGGGACAAAUGGAUCUUGUGUUGAAGAGCAGAAUGCUGCUGCACUCGAUUUCAAUAACAAGCUUAAAGCUCUUGUGGAUCAAUUCAAUAACAGAUUCUCUGCUAAUUCCAAAUUCAUCACGAUACACAUGGCACCAAAGGGCAAUGCACAUGGGUUUUUGGUUUCUGAUGCUGCUUGCUGCCCAUUGGGGUGUAUUCCUGAUCAAAAGCCGUGCAAUAAUAGGAGUGAAUAUGUGUUUUGGGAUGACGUCCAUCCAACUGAGGCAUGGAACCUACUCAAUGCAAUCCCAGCUUAUGAUUCUAUCAUUGAUCCAGCUUUCGUUUAUCCAAUGGAUAUCAAACACCUUGUUGACUGGGAAGCUAAGAGGGUAUUGGAGUUUACAAAUGGGGCAACUUCACAGCUCAGUGUCACUGAAUAAGUUCUGGUUAUCAUGUACUUAUUCAUAAGGAGCUGAAUUGCUUCUGAGUUGAGUAUGUAUGAAUGGCCUGCUACUUAAUUGAGUGACAAAGUGGAUUUAAUCAAGUGAUUAAAUUGCUUAUCCUCUGCC